AUGGCCAAUGAGCUUCAGCCCGAUGUUUUGCAUCAGCACGCGUACGAUGCCAUGCUCCAGUCGGACGCCUACCCGCAGCUCACCACAAGUUCGCAACUGACCCGCGACCCAUAUACCACCCACAUCAUGGAGGAAUUACUAACAGAUGUCCCGACGUUAUUCUGGGUCCAAGCAAUCUACGACUACACGCCCCAUGACGAUAACGGAAUAGCGUUCGUGCGGGGCGAUUUGAUAGAAGUUCUUAAUACCUUACCGAGUGGAUGGUGGGAUGGACUUAUACGGGGCGAAAGGGGAUGGUUUCCGAGUAACCAUGUGGUCAUAGUUGAUUAUCGGGAAGUAAUACUGGUUCCGCUUCGAUUCAGAGGACAAGGAGACUCUGAUAGCGAAGGAGAAACGGACUCUGAUGGCGAAUAG